AUGUUCUCUGUCUUCAUGCUGUUCAUUACCGGUAUUGUUGUGGCUCUGUUCGCGGGGCCGGUUCCUGCUUUUGGGGCGAUCACCUCCAGCCUGCAGAGCAUAUUGAAGAACACCCACGGUAGCAAAGAAUAUGGAUAUCCGACCGAUAUAACCCGGGAUCUUUUACCCAUUCCUGUUCAUUCUCAUAACGAUUACUGGCGCGAUGAGCCAUUUUAUACUGGUCUGUCUCAUGGCUGUACGUCCACUGAAGCGGACGUCUGGCUUUAUAAUGGCACCCUUUAUGUUGGACACGCUCAAUCUGCCUUGACAAAGGAGCGAACUCUUGAAUCUCUGUACAUUAAUCCUAUCCUGGAUGUUCUGGAACGCCAGAACCCAGAGAGCCCAUUCGUGACAUCACCAACCAAGAAUGGCGUUUGGGACACUGUUUCCGAUCAAACACUUUAUUUCUUUAUUGAUGUGAAGACCUCUGGCGCCGAGACCUUCAAAGCAGUUAUCGCUGCUCUGGAGCCUCUGCGAGCCAAGGGGUAUCUGACCACUGUCAAAGAUGGAAAGGCUGUUACCAAUGGAGCCGUCACUGUCAUCGGCACUGGAGAGACACCGCUGGAUAUGGUUGCACCAGUGAAUGACCGAGACUAUUUCUUCGAUGCACCUCUGGCAGACUUGAACGACCCCAAAUAUGCCAAUAUCACUGGAGUUGUCUCGCCAGUCGCUUCGACCGACUUCAACAAGGCCGUCGGCAAGAUCACUGUCGACACAGAUCCUAUCCUAUCAGAAGACCAGCUCCAAACCCUCCGAGCCCAAAUCGCCACUGCGAAUGAGCGCGGGAUUGGUGCUAGGUACUGGAACACGCCUGGGUUCCCAAUCCGGACGCGCAACCUUGCAGGAGCGGCACUUGUGAGGAGAGGCUUUGCCUUUGCCAUCAGCAUGCACAACCUGGCGUCCAGGGCAACGCUCAUCCUCGGAGUACAUGUGUCGACGACAUUUGAUAAACUCGCCUCCGGUGGAGUGGCCACAGGUGUAGCGGAUCUGCAUCUGAGUGCAGCAGGCCAAAUUGUUGGCUUCAGGGACUAG